AUGCUGCUCCGGCAUGACGACCCGGUCGAACCGCCAACCGUCACCAUCCCCGAUGUCGCCAAGGUCUUCCACAUGCUCCAAGCCCGCAACCUCUCCGCCACGCCCCAACCCCAGCCCCAGACUCCCACACCCGUUGCGCCUGACCCUGAUCCCCAGCCCUGGCCCAUAACCCCCGGCUGGAAGCCCCAGAUCGGUUUCAUCUGGAACACCCCGCCCCCGCCUCAUCAGCAGCAACAGCAACAGACGGAGCAGCAACAAGGGGAAGAGGAGGAACAACAGCAACAACAGCAAAACCAGGACCAGGACCAGGACCAGCAGUCCGAUGGCCCUGCGGACCCCGAGCUUGGUCGGCGAGCCACCUCCACUCUCCCUGAGAUCGACUUGUCCGGCAUCGACUUCCCCGACCCGGACGACAACUCCCUGGCCGACACUCCUCUUCCCCACGCUCAUGCUCCCCCCAGAACCCCAUCGCCCCCGGCAACUCUUGCGGCCCCCUCCGCGCCCCCGCUUCCCGAGCCCAUAUUUGCUACGCCAGCAACUGCGUCCCUCACGAUUGCGUCCGCGCCCUUAGUCUCGCCUGCGCCCGAAAACCUGUCGCCCGUCGCAGCUGUGCGCGCCUCGCCUACUGGCGUGCUCUCAGAGGCAGGGGAGUAG